ACCGCCACAAUAGUUAUUUCUCCACCAAAUUCAAAAAACCCUAAAAGCCAAAACCUCAAGCUAGCUAAGAUGGAUAUGUGGUCAUGGAUAUGUGAGCUCUCCAACUCGGAUGAGUGGGCCGAGUCAAACUCACCACUGAUCUUCCAACUAGCCAGUUUCAAAGCAACCCAGUCCAUUCAACUCAGAGCUGAGAGAACCACCGAGCCCAACUCGGAUGAUGCUUUAGUGACAUUCUCUGUGUGCUCACAAGGCUUUGAUUCUUCUGACACAGAGAUGACACUCUGGGUUUCUGACACGUGUCCUCUUUCCUCCAGUAAGCCCUUCUUGCCUCUCAUCCUUCAGCUCCUCCAAGAGAUCAUAUCACGUUCACCCACAGCGCAAGAUAGCACCUGCCCAAGCUCACAGCUCCAGAAGCUCAAACCCGACCCGGUUGCAUGGAUCCUUGACUCGCACUCGCCGGAGUCGUUCUCCCUCUUUUUCAACCUCAUAUUCCUCACGCGCCUUUUCUGGCUGUGUGUUUGCGACUCACCGUCUGAAGUUGGUUCGUUAUACUUCCAUUCCUUGUUAACUCCGAACGUUGAAAUCUUCACGUGCAAAUACGCGCCUGCUCAGACUGUUCUCCGAACAUUUUUUAUAUCGGUUGGAGUCGACGUGGAGCUGUGCUUCAUGCGCACCGUCGGGUACAUGUUGGCAAAGUGGUUAAUCUUAAGAGAGAUUGGCAUAGGAUUACACUCGUUAACACCACUACCGUCUCACAGUCUAGGGUUUUCUUAUGCCAUGGAGUCUCAUGGGCUAUGGGUAAUGAAAGGUUAUGCCCCGGUGUGGGCAAUGAAAAGAACGCUCUUUAACGGUAAAAAAUAUAGGUUCCCUGUGAUUGAAGCCAAAGAGUCUGUGCUAAGAUACACCCUGGCGCACCAGCAGCUGGAGGUUGUGAUUCAGCUGGAAUACACAGUUGGAUUCUUUGAUGGUUGGAUUCAUGUGAAUGCACGUGUCGAUAAUCUACGCUUACACGUGGCAAAAUUGGGUUUUAAGAAAAAUGAUGAGGAGGGCGACUAUGAAGACGAGAGGCACUUCCCGUCGAGAAUCCGGAUUUGGGUCGGACCGGAAGUAGGGGCGACUUACGUGACCGGUCUGAGCUUGGGCCGGUCCACUGACAAUGUGGAGAGAGAAUUGGAAAUGCAAAAAGUCGCGAAGGGUAGUUUCGGAAAAUCAAAGUUUCCGAAGGUGAAGGCGAUGGCAAGGACCGCGAUGAGGACGAGGAUGAAGACAUGGAGGUGGGACCAGGAUGCAGACGGCAAUGCAGCUAUAUUCGAUGCAAUUUUAUGUGACAACUCCACCGGUCUUGAAGUGUCCACGUGGAAGCCGUCUAGUGGUGAUGGUGAACCGGGGACGGGCUUUCGAAAGAGGUACACGGGAGCAAGGAGGCGGUUCACGAAAACCGGCGGUUUGGUUUUUGCGAGGGAUGAAUGCGGAGAGGGUGUGGGGUGGAGGUUGAGCAAGGAGAUGGAAGGGAGUGUGUUGAAGUGGAGAAUAGGAGGUCAAGUUUGGCUGAGUUAUUGGCCUAAUGACGUAAAGAGUUCAUAUUUUGAAACAAGGAGUGUGGAGUGGUGUGAUGAGGUUGAUUUGCCUUUGAUUCCAGGACAGUGCUAAGCUGGACAAUAUAUAUUCCGGCCUACAAGUAAUUAUAUCUUCUAAGGCUGGUGUUGAAGUUUAUAAGAUAUAUAUGCUAGCCAAUUUAAUGAUGUUAGAUUUGUAGUGAAUGUUCAUAAAUAAUGGUUGCUGAAGAAUCUGUACUAUAUACAACUUGAGAAUGCAGAGGGUACUUAUUUUUUCUUA